CACUAUUCAAUAAAUUACUAAUGACACAAGAAACAAUAACCUAAAAUUUACCAAUUCCGUAUUUUCAACAGUUUAAGUUAUACAAAAUGAUUUCUAAUUCUAAAUAAUGGUCUAUGUCUAAAUUAUUAUAAAUUUUAUUGCAAAGAUAUAAAUUUAUAGUGUUAAGAAAAUUUAUAAUUCGUUUUUAUAAAAUCUUAUAAAAAUCUACAUUAUAUAAAACAAAAUUUGCGACAAUGGAGCCUGUUUGGUUUAGUUCGGAUUUGGCUGACGAAAUUAUAAAGAACAAUGAUAUUUUUGAACAAACACACAGUAUAGUAACAGAUAUCAUGUCAGGUCGGCUUCAAAUAACUAUCCUAGUCGAAAAUAUGGCUGGUGUAUUAACAAAUAAAGAAGUGGACAACAGAGAAAGAGGAAUGAGAUUUUUUACAAAAAUAUUACAAGAGAUUCCUAAAGAUUUUUUAACAGAUAUGCAAAUCAAAUUUAUAUCAAAAUUUUAUAUAGAUCGCUUAAAAGAUAACCACAAAGUAAUACCUGCUGUUUUAGAAGGCUACCUCUAUAUUAUUGAUAUGAAAAACUAUAGUGUACAGUUAAGCGGUGAAUAUUUUAAUGUUUUGUUUAGAGAGGUAGCUUGCCAAUCACAAGUGAGACAAGACAGAUAUAAUAUUUAUUUGACAAUAUCAAAGUUAUUGGAAAAGGAUGUUCAAUAUAUGAAAACACUUGGUCCAGACUUUAUAUAUGGAGUAAUAUCAUCAAUGGAUGGUGAACGUGAUCCUCGUAAUUUGCUGUUUCUCUUUAAUUUUCUGCCAAAAUUUCUAGCACAAAUUCCUUUAGGGCAUUUAGUUGAAGAAAUGUUUGAAGUUAUAUCUUGUUAUUAUCCAAUUGAUUUCCAUCCUUCCCCGAAUGAUCCGGCGCCAGUAACGAGAAAUGAUUUGGCAGCAGCCCUGUGCCCAUGUUUGUACGCAAUUCCUGAAUUCGCUGAGCAUUGUUUAGUUUUGUUAAUAGAAAAGUUAGACUCUAGUUUAAGAGUAGCUAAAAUUGAUUCGCUUGUUUUAUUGACAAAAAGUUGUGAAACAUUUAAGGCAGAAAGCUAUGGACCAUUUCUAAAAGCUUUAUGGUCAUCUCUACAACGUGAGAUAUCACAUAAAACUGAUGAUGUCCUAAAACUAGCUGCUCAUGAAUCUCUAUCUGCACUAGUGUCCAAAUUGUCUACAACAGCUAAUACGGAUCAAUCUUUUGAGAAUUUCAUUAAAGGGAUACUCAUUUCCAUGCAAACAGCACUAGCAGAAUCCACAACUGUAGCACAAUUUGUACAAGCAACAAAAAUAUUACUGACGGCAGCUAAUGCGUCGAAAGAGUCGUGCGAAAUAAUUACGAAAGCAAUGAUCCCUGCAGUUCUUGCCUAUUAUGAAUUCAAAACAUCUUCAAAACUUCAAAUAGCGAGUAUAGAAUUUUUAGGAGAUUUGUAUGAGUUGGCCCAACAUUGGGGGGUCCUGGAUCAAAUCCAGAAACAAGUUGAUGAAAUACCUCAGUUGUGUUUGACAGCAGCUAGUGAAAGAACAAAAGAAUACCAAGUUGUAGGAUUUAGGACACUUAUUAGAGCAAAGGAUGCUCUUAAAAUUGAUCUUGUUGUACCAUUUGUGGAAAUUUUAUCAUAUAACAUUCAACACUUAGAAGAUGAUGAAGUACUAAGCGUUAGUGUAGAAACUGUACAUGCAAUUGCAAGAAAGUAUCCGGAAUUAAUAAUGGACUUUGUUGUUAAAGGAAAAUGUGACCUAGAAAAUUUGAUUCAAGAUAAAACUGCAUUACAGAAACGUCUUAAUCUCCUAUCAAGUCUGGCUAGUAUUGAUGAUUUCACUAAAGUAAUCAUUGGAGAAAUGCUUAAAGUCAUAUCUUCAAGUAAUGAAGAAGCUUCUAAAGUUAUCCAAGCAUUAAGCAGCUCGAUAUCUAAUUCGAGUUUAUAUUCGUAUGAUAAAGUAGCCCAAAUAGAGAGUGAUCAUGGCUUAAUAGAUUCUGUACUAACUUGGCUGUAUAGUGAAAUUGCGACAUCUAAUGAAUCAUUGGAACAUGGUUACUCUUUAGUAUCCAAUACAAUUUGUAGCCUACCUGCGGAUAAGCAGCUAAAUAUUUUAUCAAAUCACACAAGCGCUCUUAUUGAAAAGUGUUCUAUGAACGAGGCAAACUUCCAAAUGUUAGAAUGUUUAUAUAGAUCAAUAAGACCAAAUGUGUACAAUAAACAUUUCGAGGAAAUCCUAUCUUUAGCUCUAAGACUUGCAUUAAAUAAUGAUAAAGAUAUGGUACGUUUAAAAGCAUGUUAUUUAAUGGCACACUUUUUAAAUAAAGCAGAGAAUGGGCAAAAGUUUGAACUGAUGUAUGAGGGCUUAAAGAACAAUUUAUCCUCAUGUAAUAGAGAUGAUUUGAAAAUUUGUCCAAGAUUAAUAUUUUUGUAUGGAUGGAUUACGAAGGCCCUUGUUAUGAGAGGCAGUGAUCUAUUUCAAUUUUGGCUGAAAAAGAUACUGUUAUCGAUAUCAAAUCCUGAAUGUAGUCAGCAAGGAUCGGAAGCUAUAAAAAUAAUCAUGACAGACUUCCCCGACUGUCUCAGUUUUCGUCACCAUUGCAGAACAAGUCUACUUUACAAACAGAGGAUGUUCCUGACUUUUACAAAAAUUACUGAAAAUAUGUCUAUUUGUCCGGAGACUAAGGAGGCUUACAUUUUAAGUUGGGCGUAUAUUUUAGAGAAAACGCCGAAAAGUGUACUUAAUAAUGAAGUAAAUAAGAUUGCUUCCUUGGCUAUAGAUGCACUGGAGUACGACAAUAAAGAUUUACUUAUAGUUAUGAUUGAUAUUCUCAUUUAUUUCGUUCAGGCGAAAACUGUCGCUUUAGCUCAGAGCUUACAGACUAUAUUACCUAGGAUAAUAAAUUUGACUACGUAUGUUAAAUCGAUGGAUGUAAGAAUAAAGAGUUUACAAUGUCUCUACGAUAUAGCGAAUUCAUAUGACACGAGAUUACUUCUACCCUACAAACAGGACAUUUUAAUAGAUUUAGCGCCAUCCCUCGAUGACAAAAAGAGGCUAGUAAGGAACAUGGCGGUGAAAGCGCGAACAAGAUGGUUCCUCGUCGGUGCACCGGGAGAAAACAAAGAAAUAUAACCAAUAAAUAUUUAUAAAUGUUAACUAUCA